GGCUCCGGAAGUGACGCAAAGGACGGGCCCGGAAUGGGAGGGACAAGAUGGCAGCGCCCAGCAGUCUGUGAGGGAUGAGGAAGUGCAGCUGACCCCAGCAAGCAGUCUGCGGAACUGGCAUGAUGACUGUCGGCCCUCACGCACGCGUCUCCCUAGCCUUGUCAGGCCAGCUAGGAGCAUGUAUCUGUCACUUAAAAAGAAGAACCAUGCAACAGAUACCUCAGAGACAUAUGUAUCUUUUAAAGAAUGUUAAUAAACAAUGGAUUACAUUUCAACAACUUAAUUUCCUCAAGCACAUGUAUAUAAUGCAGUUGAACAGAAACCUCAACCAGCAAGUAAAACCCAAGCCAGAACCAAGGGCACCUGUGUUCCUUGAGAAAACAUCAUCAAGUCAAGCCAAAACAGUUGUUAAUGAGAUCAGAUCAAUUUCACUUCCCAAUCUACCAUUAUCUAAAAUUUCAAAUCCAAAAGAAUUGAAAGAAUUAGAAACUACAUCAAUAGUUGAAAGCCUACGAGGAGUGGGGACAGAGUCCAAAGAUCAAAAGCAGUGGAAAGAGAUGAAACUACAGUUGGAUGAUUUACCAGGAAUUUUGGCUCGGCUGUCCAAAAUUAAACUUACAGCUUUAGUCGUGAGUACAGCUUCAGCUGGAUUUGUGUUGGCUCCAGUACCUUUUGACUUAUCCUGUUUCCUACUUGCCUCUCUUGGAACAGGCCUUGCAUCUUGUGCAGCUAAUGCCAUUAAUCAGUUCUUUGAGGUUCCAUUUGAUUCAAAUAUGAAUAGAACAAAGAACAGACCUCUGGUUCGAGGACAGAUCAGUCCUCUGUUAGCUGUAUCUUUUGCGACAUGCUGUGCUGUUCCAGGAAUUGCACUCCUGACUUGGGGAGUAAAUCCACUCACAGGAAUUCUGGGUGCUUUUAACAUUUUCCUGUACACAUGCUGCUAUACACCUAUGAAAAGGAUUAGUAUUGCCAAUACAUGGGUGGGAGCCCUUGUUGGAGCCAUCCCACCAGUCAUGGGAUGGACUGCAGCUACUGGUGGCCUUGAUGCUGGAGCAUUACUACUAGGUGGAAUCCUCUACUCCUGGCAGUUUCCUCAUUUCAAUGCUCUAAGUUGGAAUCUUCGAGAAGAUUAUUCCCGGGGAGGCUACUGUAUGAUGGCUGUAACUCAUCCUGCCAUGUGCAAGCGAGUGGCCUUACGCCACUGCCUGGCUUUAAUUGGACUUUCAGUGAUAGCCCCCAUAUUGAAAGUCACCACAUGGACUUUUCCCAUCAUCUCUUUACCAAUCAACUUAUAUAUUUCUUACCUUGGUUUUCAGUUCUACAAAAAUUCAGACCGAGUCAGCUCUAGAAAACUGUUUUUCUGUAGCCUCUGGCAUUUGCCAUUACUUUUGCUCCUUAUGCUCACUUGUAAACAGUCACUUGUUGGGGAAAAUGACAAAUGGGAACUUAAAAGCUGAAAUCAAAUAACUUUUCUAGAAAGUAGAGCUGUGAAGUAACAUGCAUUUUUGCUAUCAAAAGUGUAGUACAGAAAUUAAUUGGUUUUAUAUAGUAAGUUGAUAUUCUAAAAUAAUUUUCCAUGCUUAUAAAUGAUGCUGUAGUAAUAUUAUACAUAUAUAUGUAUAUAUAUUUAUGUAUACAUAUUUUUCAAACUUUGGCAACUGAUAUAUGUGUGGUAUACACACAUGCACACACACACACACACACACACACACACACACACACAUUUUUGUGUAGAUAUUGAUCAAGAAUUCCCUUUGGAAUUUACCCCUUUGGGUGAAUUAGUCAACUUAAAGAACUAGUAUUUUAAAAGAGCAUCUUUUUGGUAAUAAUAAGAGAUGACAUAUCUCUCUUUCCCCAUCCCUUUUACAUUUCCGUCUCUUAAAAAAAAAAAAAAAAUACGUAUAUGGGUUCUUCCUUUCCCCUUCCAGCCCAUUUUGUCUUCUUUCUUUUUCUUUCUUUCUUUUUUUUUAAAUUAACAAUACCAUUCUGGCUGAUGAAUGGUGAGUACUAGUAAUCCAAAACUUCUAGUUCUGCUUCUCAGGCUCUGAAUACCUAAAAAUUACCAAACUUUUCUCUAUGGCAGAACAGAAGAAAUUCAGCCUCCUCUUUGUCCUAUGAAUAAACCAAAGGUAUUUCUCUUUAAUUGUUCCCUGUUUUAUAAAAACCUUAUCCCUUCAAACAAUAAUGAAAAAAAAAUGGAUGAGUUUAUCUACAACAUACAGAGAUGAUCCAAAGCAGUUUUUCCUGGGUAUUUCACAUAGAGCUGAUUCUUCAACCCCAUCCCCUCAAAAUGUAUAUCAGAAAUUCUAUUAAGGACAAAGGUAUAAAGUGGUACCUUUGAAAAUGCAGAAGUUGUUCUCCAAGGCAAUUACUGAGUGAGAUCUUGCUCUGGAUUUUCAAUAUAAGAAAUUCUUCAUCCUUUGAUCUCAUCCAAGUAAAGUUUUGCUUAUUAUAUAUUAUCAAUUGUGGGGAAAGUUCUUUCAUAUUAUUGUAAAAGUAUUUGGUUAUUUGAGAGAAACUAACCUGCCAAACCCAGUUCCCAUUCUUGUUCCUAAGUUUAUGCGAAUACAUACACAAACUUGUACAUGUACACACACAUGCACUUAUAUGUGUAUUUGUAUUAUGAUAGGUCUGUGAAUUAAAUUCAUAGUCUCUUGUUGCCCUACUGA